CCAACAGCAGCCUCGGGUCCCCACGCCGCGCCGUGCGACAGCCGCAGCGUGCCAGCGGCUGCCGUGCCACGCCCGGCCGCACGCAGCCAGCGUCUCAUCGCACCCCAACUCUCACCCCCACCCCUCCACUGUCACCCCCACCCCUCCACUCUCACCCCCACCCGUCCUGGCCGCGAUGGCCUACGUCGAGCAGGGCUCGCAGAGCAAACGGGCACCGCCCAUCGCCGCUGCAGCCGUCCGCUCGCAGGCGCCUCGCAGCAGCUACUACUUCGGCCCGCCAUCGGCGGACAGCGCCUUUGGCUCGCCGCCCGUCGGCGUCAUCGGCAGGGACAAGCCACGGGAAGUCAUUCGCGUCGAGCGCGACUACACCGUCGGCGAGCUGUGCCAGUUCCACUCUGCCUUUCCGCUCGAGCUUGAGGGCCGGAUCCACCCGUCCACCUUCGGCGACGCCAUCAACGACAUCAACGAGGUCCUCAUCCGCGCCAACAGCUCCGGCUGGGCGUGCUUCGACAAUGCCCUGGCAGUGAUGACGCUCUGGCUCAGCCCGCUGCUGCUCGGCACCAAGUACAACCGGGAGAUGGCCGCUCUUCGGGCGCUGCUGGCCAGCGCCAACCGCGAGACCUUCAACCCCGCAGGCCUCAACAUCCGGGAUCCUGCCGAGUCGGCCUUCCUGUUCCUGGAGAUCGAGUACUACUAGCCCAACAGCGCGCCCGCAUCGCGCUUCAUCACCCCAACGUUGCCGUGGCCCCCUACCAUACCCCUCACAUCGCUCUCUGUGCCGUAUCAACAGCGCUGUGUGCUCUCC